AUGUUUAAGCGGUUUAGCGUGGAGGAGCACGUGAGUACUAGUAGUAAGGUCAAGUCCUCACAGCAGCGCAGUAUUCGUACAAAAGUAAUUGAGCAGUAUCCAGAAUUUGAACCAUAUGCUGAGAUGCUUAUGCCUAAGAAGGCGCCAAUGGUGGUCGCAAAGUGUCAUAAUCAUCUUCAGAUCGUGUUGCACGAGGGUGAACCAAUCUUUUUUAAUCAGCGAGAUGGGCCUUUUAUGCCGACACUGAAGCUGCUGCACAAGGUACCACACGUGAUGAAGCAAGUACGUGCGGAUAAGGGCGCAAUUCCAUUUGUUCUUUCGGGUGCUAACGUCAUGUGCCCUGGAUUAACAUCAAUGGGUGGUGAUAUGCCCGAGUCGUUGGAGACUGGUACCCCAGUGGCUAUUAUGGCAGAAGGCAAGGAACAUGCCAUGGCAAUUGGUAUCCUCACAAUGUCCACCGACGACAUUCGCAACAAGAACAAGGGUGUUGCUAUUGAAAUGGUGCAUUUUCUCGGCGAUGAUCUAUGGACAUGCUCACACAUCGACUAG